AUGGCAGCUUCUGGGGGUCCCGUCCAGGAUCUCCGCGAGGAAGCCACUUGCCCCAUCUGCCUGGAGUAUUUCAGGGAUCCAGUGAUCAUCCCAGAGUGCGGGCACAACUUCUGCCGAUCCUGCCUGGUCCAGUGCUGGGGGGAAUCCGAGGGAGAGGCUUCCUGCCCUCAGUGCAGGGAAAGGGUUGAGCAAAACAGCAUCAGGAAAAAUCUGCAGCUGGCAAAUUUUGUAGAAAUAAUUCAGAAAUUCAACCAUCCGCAGGGGAAAGAGGAGGGAGAAGGAAAGGGGAGGGUCUGCGAGAAGCACCAGGAGCCCCUGAAGCUGUUCUGCAAGGAGGACCAAAGCCCCAUCUGUGUGGUGUGUAAUGUAUCCAAGGAGCACAAAAGCCACGAGGUGGUUCCUCUAGAGGAAGCGUCCCAGGAGUACAAGGUGAGAAAAGGCAGAGGGUCUUUCUUGGGGGGUGGAAUAGCUGCAAAUAAGAGGGGUUUGCAAAAUAAAAAAUAAAUAUAAAAUAUUGUAAUGUAUUCUUUCCUCUUUUUUUUUUUUAAAAAAUCAUAUUUAUUAAAGUUUCCAGAAAUAUAGAAAUACAAAGAAAAAAGAAAAAAAAAAAAGAUAUUUAAAACCUUACUUUCAUUGCCUACUUUCUGGGACUCCCCCCCCCCCCGACUGUAUUCCCCUUUCCUUAUUUUGGUUCUACAAGCUCUCACUCCCAAUUUGAAACUUAAUUUGUUUAACCCACUAUCCAGAUUGAAUUGUACAAAUCUUGCACCGUCCCACGUCAUUAACAAGAAAAGAAAAAAGAUUUUCCCCAAGAUCCACCCCAGUUCCUUCCACGAAUUCCCUUUUUUUAAACACAUCCAAUCAAAAUAAAAUGACAUGCGUAAGUUAUAUAAAGAAAUAGAAAAUAAGAGAUAUAUAUAAAAAAAAAAUUCAAAAGAUUGUUACACAGCCUUUGGAUUCCAAAUCUCCCCCCCCCCUUCCCCGGUUUGAAUUCCCCAUGUCCAUCAGUCUAUACAUUAUCAUCCUGGAAGUCUCAAUUCAUGGCCAAAUUUCUCCCCAAUUCCAUCUUGCCGGUUUUCUUUUAAUUUAUUAAUUUUAAUGAUAUUUAACUUCAAGUGUCCAAUCUAACAAAGGCCUUUAAUUUCCUUGAUCUUUACCACUCCUCCCAUUGUUCUUUCCGUGUCGUAGUCAGUCCUUUGUUCUUCUUAUUCCUCACUUUCUCAGGUUUCUUGUCCUGUUCAGCUGCUAAAACUUUCUAAUUCAGAAAUCUGGUAUCUCUACAGAGGUUUGUUAUUCAGGAACAAAACUUACGUCCAGUCCCUUCCUUUCUUCAAUAGAAAAUUCUAUUGUCUCCUUUAAUGUAAAUACCUCUGUAGACAAAAUACUAUUUCAGUUUUGCAGCUUUCCCAGAAGAUAACAAGUCCUGUGUGAAUCCCGGAGUAUUUUUCCACUUACGACCGUUCUUGUAAUGUCCCGAUACCCCUCUAGGGGGAUUGUAAUAACUUUGUAUCCUCUAAUCCAAAAGUCAAAUUGUUGUUCCUUAUUUUCCGACAGUUUAUAUCCAUAUUAUAGCAAAUUGUAACAAAAUUAACCAGCAAAGUCCUCGUAACAAAGUCCUCUUUAUAUUCUCCAGCUUUGACAGCUACUUUGACAGCUGUCAAAGUCUCCGUCUCUCUUCACCAGGCUCCGCGAAUCGCCCCGGUUCCCAGGGGGGGGUUGCAUUUUCCUUCUCACCCUCCACUCUUCUCCUCCAGCACAGUUCUUAUAAUUUCGCAUCGUGGAAUUAAUGAUUUUUAUCAGAAAUAUACUUCCCUUUGGACCUUGGUUACUCAGUCCUUGUUUUGGAAUGCUUACAGUAGGGGGGGGGAUUGACUUCCUUUUUAAAUCGCCCCCGCUCGUGCCAAAUCCAAAAUUUUGAACCCAGUUUCCCAAUUACUCACAGGUUGUUGUUAAUAGUCCAAAUUUUCAAUGGAAGAAGUCAGCGCUCUCCGUCGAAUGGCAUGCGGCUGCGCUCGGCAGGGAAAGCAGAAGACUCAAAGCACCGCGCCGCUCCCCGGCACCCGAUCCGAAGCCUUUAAAAAGGCUCCUUCACGAGUCGGGAGGGCGCUAAUGGUGCAAGCCGAGUCACCCAUGUCCACGGACUCCAUGCCCGUGGUUUUUAAGGGUCCCCGCGUCGCCGGCGCGGUAGGACCCAGCCCCUGCCGAGCAGACUCCCUCCGGAGCUCGGAGGGAGUCCGCCAUUCGGCGAUGGCGCCAACCCGGAAGUCCUGUAAUGUAUUCUUUCCUCUUGCAGCCCAAAAGGAAUCCUCCAGCAAGAGAUAUUGUGCAGCCUGAUAAGACUAAACUUCUGAAACUUUAUACAAUAAACAUUUUUCUUUUUGAGAGAUUAAAGUGCACCGCCUGAAUGCAGGCUGUAGUAACUCCACUGGGAGGAAAUAUUGCAACAUCGAGGAUUAAUUUAAUAAAAAGGAGGGGGGAGAUGUUGGAGGUGUGUUCAGUGUGGGGGACAAAUAGCAAAACCCCCAUGUUUCUCAGCUCUGAUAUAGGGCAGCCCCAUUUCUGCCUCGUCUGGGAUGAAAAAGGGGAACCUCUGCAAAAGACCCAGGGAUGUGGGGCAGGGAGCAAACAUAGGGUUGAGCUUGCCUGUUAAUGUGUAACGCAGCCCAACUUGAACUUUGUUUUCUUUUCAGGAUCAGAUCAGCAGCUGCCUAGACAAUGUGAGGAAGGAGAGAGAGAAAAUUCUAGUAUUUAAAGCAAACACAGAAAAGGAAAGCCAAGACCUGCUUGUAAGCACUAUUGUUACUAUUUUAAGGUGAAAAAUGCUAUAGUCUAAAAUCAAUAUCGGGGGAGGGGGAGAAUAUGAAAUACAGAAAGGGUUUCUUUUGAACAGCCUUAUCUCCCACAGAGCAUGAAAGACUAUUUAAAGGAGGGGGUGGGCUUGUAAGUUUUUACGAAGCUCUUUCUCUGCUGAAUAUGUCAGAAGUGGCCUUCCAAGGAAAUCUGGUUAACUGGCCUCUUCAUCCUUCAAGAGCAGACUAGAUGCCUGAUAUUGGCCCACUGUUCUCUUCUUUCAACCUCUUUGCUGCAGAAACAAACAGAUGCAGAGAGGGAAAAGAUGGUGGCUGAGUUCAGGCGACUGCACCAGUUUCUGGAAGAACAGGAGAAACGUAUUCUGGCCCAGAUGGCGGAAGUGGAGAAGGAGAUUGCAGCCCAAAGGGAGGAGCACCUGCCAGACUCUCCAGGGAACUCUCCUCUCUUGACAGCCUCAUCCGGGAGAUGGAGGAGAAGCUUCAGGAACCAGAGAGUGAACUCCUGCAGGUGAGGCCUCAUCCUGAUGUGAGAGGGUGGAGUGGGCUGCUUAGUCACAUUAAAAUGCUACCGGAAAGAAAACAGUACAUGAAAAAUGAAAGGCAUCAGUCCUGGGGUCGCAAAAGGGGCCUUGCUAGAUGAAACCACAGGCCCCUUCAUUCUUGCAUUCUGUUCUUUCAUUGGCCAACCAGAGGUCUCUGAGAAGCCUAAAAAACAGUAGUGCUCUCCAAACCUGUGAUCCCCAGCAGUUGCCACUCAGCUGCUUAGUAUUUAUAACUGACUGAAGAAAUGCCUCCACUGACAUCUUUCUUUCUUUCCUUCCAGGAUAUUGGAAGCUUCUUGCAGAGGUAAGUGAUGGAAAACCCCUGCCUUAUUCUGAUGCCACAGAAGUUCCUGUUUAACAAGUGAGAAACUCACUCUCCAGUUUCUCCUUCUAGAGAUAGCUUAGGACUCCAUCGUCUAUUUCACAAAAUCACAGACAAAAAUAGGGACACAUUUUUGUGGUAGCUAUUGGUCCCAUCUACUGUAAAAUUACAGACAGAAAGCUGUUCCCAUUGCAUAUUUCUGAAGGCCCUUCUCUGUGAUGGAAUCAUUUACUCUGUAGUUGAUACAAAAUGGAGGGACAUUCCAAACGGGCUUGUAAACAUCUUCACUAUAACUUACCCGUAAAUAUUUGAUAUAUUUCAGGUUUCUGCAGGUUCUUCCUCAGACAUAAGAAUGUGAGAAAGGGCCCUGCUGGAUCCGGCCAGUGGCUCAUCAAGUCCAACAUCCUCUUUUCACAGUGACUAACCAGAUGCCAGUGCAAAACUCGUGAGCAGGAUCUGAGCCCCAGAGGACGCUCCCCUCCUGUGGUUUCAGAGGCACCACUGCCUUUGACCCAGCCAUGAUGAAGAGUAGCCUCUGAGAGCCUUGUCCUCCAGACAACUUCAAAAUCUCAAGAAUUUUGAAAAUCUGCCAUGUUUAGAAAAUAUUGCUUUAAUUUCCAAUAUUGUCUCCAUUUUAAAAAUAUUACCACUGUGCUAAAAUACAUUUAUAAUGUUAAUUGCAAAAGCCAUUCCAAAGCAUUCUGAACUUCUUUAUAUUUCAGAAAUGCACAUACCAGAUCUAUUUUGUUCUACUCAUUUAUGCUUCACUAAAACUAGUGUAGUCCUAAAAUCUCUGCAUAAGGACCCAGUAUUGUUCACUUUUCUUCAAAAAAAUAAUUUGCAUAUAUUAACUUCUUCACCUUCAAUCUCAUAUUUCUAUAUUUCCUUCAGCAUAUUUUGGAAGCAGGUGUGUGUAGCAGUUUUUCGUCACCUUGCUAGAUGCUCUGUAGAUCCACACAUUAUCUAGGUGCUCCGUUUUGUCAUAGGAAAAACCCUGCUCCCAAGUCUUCAUGAUAUAUCCAUCAUGCCUUUAUCAUCAGGAUGAGCCUUGUCAGAAAUUCUGCUCCUUGCACUGGAAGGAUGGUGGCUUGACUUUGUUCUUCUCCUCCCAGGUCUCAGGAGAAGGAGAACUUAGAGGAUCCUCUGGUGGCUUUUCCUCCUGCCCUGAAGUGGAGGAUCUGGGACUUCAGAGAUAUAAAUCCCUUCCUGGAGGGAGUCAUGAAGAAAUUCAGAGGUAAGAAAGAAGGGCUGCGAGUAUUUUAUACUGGACAUUUAAAAUUGCUCAUAGAAUCAUAGAGUUGGAAGAGACCACAAGGGCCAUCGAGUCCAACCCCCUGCCAAGCAGGAAACACCAUCAGAGCACUCCUGACAUAUGGUUGUCAAGCCUCUGCUUAAAGACCUCCGAAGAAGGAGACUCCACCACACUCCUUGGCAGCAAAUUCCACUGUCGAACAGCUCUUACUGUCAGGAAGUUCUUCCUAAUGUUUAGGUGGAAUCUUCUUUCUUGUAGUUUGGAUCCAUUGCUCCGUGUCCGCUUCUCUGGAGCAGCAGAAAACAACCUUUCUCCCUCCUCUAUGUGACAUCCUUUUAUAUAUUUGAACAUGGCUAUCAUAUCACCCUUUAACCUCCUCUUCUCCAGGCUAAACAUGCCCAGCUCCCUUAGCCGUUCCUCAUAAGGCAUCGUUUCCAGGCCUUUGACCAUUUUGGUUGCCCUCCUCUGGACACGUUCCAGUUUGUCAGUGUCCUCCUUGAACUGUGGUGCCCAGAACUCCAGGUGAGGUCUGACCAGAGCAGAAUACAGAACUCCAGGUGAGGUCUGACCAGAGCAGAAUACAGAAUACAGUGGCACUAUUACUUCCCUUGAUCUAGAUGCUAUACUCCUAUUGAUGCAGCCCAGAACUGCAUUGGCUUUUUUAGCUGCCGCGUCACACUGUUGGCUCAUGUCAAGUUUGUGGUCAACCAAGACUCCUAGAUCCUUUUCACAUGUACUGCUCUCAAGCCAGGUGUCACCCAUCUUGUAUUUGUGCCUCUCAUUUUUUUGCCCAAGUGCAAUACUUUACAUUUCUCCCUGUUAAAGUUCAUCUUGUUUGUUUUGGCCCAGUUCUCUAAUCUGUCAAGGUCAUUUUGAAGUGUGAUCCUGUCCUCUGGGGUGUUAGCCACCCCUCCCAGUUUGGUGUCAUCUGCAAAUUUGAUCAGGAUGCCCUUGAGUCCAUCAUCCAAGUCGUUGAUAAAGAUGUUGAAUAAGACCGGGCCCAAGACAGAACCCUGUGGCACCCCACUAGUCACUCUUCUCCAGGAUGAAGAGGAACCAUUGAUGAGCACCCUUUGGGUUCGGUCAGUCAGCCAGUUACAAAUCCACUGAGUGGUAGCAUAGUCAAGACCGCAUUUUACCAGCUUCUUUACAAGAAUAUCAUGGGGCACCUUGUAGAAUGCCUUGCUGAAAUCAAGGUAGGCUACAUCCACUGCGUUCCCUUCAUCUACCAGGCUUGUAAUUCUGUCAAAAAACGAGAUCAGGUUAGUCUGACAUGACUUAUUUUUCAGAAAUCCAUGCUGACUAUUGGUGAUCACAGCGUUCCUUUCUAGGUGCUCACAGACUGUUUGCUUAAUGAUCUGCUCCAGAAUCUUCCCUGGUAUUGAUGUCAGACUGACUGGGCGGUAAUUAUUUGGGUCUUCUCUUUCCCCCUUUUUGAAAAUAGGGACAACAUUUGCCCUCCUCCAGUCUGCCGGGACUUCGCCUGUUCUCCAGGAAUUCUCAAAGAUGACUGCCAGUGGUUCUGAGAUCACAUCUGCCAGUUCUUUUAAUACUCUUGGAUGCAGUUCAUCUGGCCCUGGAGACUUGAAUACAUCUAAACUAGCCAAGUAUUCUUGUACUAUCUCCUUAGUUAUUCUGGGCUGUGUUUCCUCUGCUGAAUCAUUUGCUCCAAAUUCUUCAGGUCGGGCAUUGUUUUCUUUAUUGGAGAAGACUGAGGCAAAGAAGGCAUUGAGGAGUUCAGCCCUUUCUGUGUCCCCUGUUUGCAUUUCACCAUCUUCUCCUCUGAGUGACCCCACUGUUUCUUUGUUCUUCCUUUUGCUAUGGACAUACCCAUAAAAAGCCUUUUUUGUUGCUUUUAAACUCUCUAGCAAGCCUGAGUUCAUUCUGUGCUUUAGCUUUUCUGACUUUGUGUCUACAUGUGCUGGCUAUUUGUUUGAAUUCCUCUUUGGUGGUUUCCCCCUUUUCCAUUUUUGUACACAUCCUUUUUAAUCUUAACUCAGUUAAAAGUUCUUUAGAUAGCCACCCUGGCUUCUUUAGGCACCUUCCAUGUUUCCGUCUCAUUGGUAUUGCCUGAAGUUGUGCUUUUACUAUCUCCCUCUUAACAAACUCCCAGCCAUCAUGAACUCCCUUUCCUUUUAGUAUUACUGUCCAUGGGAUCUCACCCAGCACUUCCCUAAGUUUUAUGAAGUCGGCUUUCUUAAAGUCAAGAAAUUGAGUCCUAGUAUGCUUGGCUGCUCCUUUCCGCUGUAUAGUAAACUUCAGAAGAGCAUGAUCACUCGCGCCUAAUGAUCCUUCCACUUCUACCCCACUAACCAGGUCAUCAACAUUGGUUAGGACCAGAUCUAAAAUGGCUGUUCCUCUUGUUGCUUCUCCCACUUUCUGGACAAUGAAGUUGUCUGCAAGGCCAGUGAGGAAUUUGUUUGACCUUAUGCUCUUGGCUGAGUUUGACAUCCAACAAAUAUCCGGGUAAUUGAAGUCCCCCAUUACUACUAUCUCCCUUCUUUUGCAUGCUUGGCCAUCUGUUCCAGGAAGGCAUCAUCUAUGUCCUCCGUUUGGCUUGGGGAUCUACAGUAAACUCCCACAAUGAGGUCUCUGUUAUUCUUCUCUCCCUUAAUUUUGACCCAAAUGCUCUCACUUUGGCUUUGAGGUUCUAAAUCUUGGAUCUCUUCACAGGUAUACACAUCCCUGACAUAUAACGCCACUCCUCCUCCUUUCUUGUCUGGUCUGUUUCUCUGAAAUAGGUUGUAUCCCUCCAUUAUUACAUUCCAAUCGUGGGACUUAUGCCACCAGGUUUCAGUGAUGCCUAUUAUGUCAUAUUUAGUUUGCUGUACCAAGAGCUCAAGCUCAUCUUGUUUAUUUCCCAAGCUUUGCGCAUUAGUGUACAGACAUUGAAGUCCAUUAAUCAUUCCCCCAUGUCUCUUAUUUAAGGAUUUUUUCCUCCCACCACUAGGUCUGCGUGCUGUUUGCUCCAUUUGGUCUAUGACAUUUGGAUGAUCAUCUUCAUCAAUUGAUAGACUCCUACCUUCAGGAGCACUGUCUCCCUCCCCACAUCAGUCAGUUUAAAGCCCUCCUGAUGAGGUUUCUGAGAUUUUGGCAAAAACAUUCCUCCCAACCGUUGUGAGGUGCAGCCCAUCGCUUGCCAGAAGUCCAUCUUCAAGAAACUGCAGUCCGUGAUCUAAGAAUCCAAACCGUUCCUGUUUACACCAUUUGCGAAGCCAGCUGUUCACUUCCACUAUUUUUCCCUCUCUCCCUGGGCCACGUCGUUCAACUGGGAGGACAGAUGAGAUGACAAUUUGUGCAUUUAAUUGCUUCAAUUUCCUGCCCAGAGCCUCGUAGUCUCUUUUGAUCUUCUGGAGGCUAUUGCUUGCAAUGUCAUUGGUUCCCACAUGAACCAAGAGGAAGGGGUAUUUGUCAGUGGGUUUUAUGAUUCCUUGCAGUCGUUCAGUUACAUCUUGGAUCUUAGCCCCGGGGAGACAGCACACCUCCCGAGACAUCUUGUCAGGCCCACAGAUCCCUGCUUCUGUUCCCCUCAGUAGGGAAUCCCCUAUCACCACUACACGCCUCCUCUUAGGUUUGGUCGGGAUUCUUCCGUGAGCUGUCCGUUCCAAGGUCGCCUGCACAUUCCCUGAGGACUGACUUUGCUGCUCGUCUUCAUAUUCCUGAUCGACUGUAAUGAGGGAGAGAUCCUCAAAUGGAGUCUGUUCUUCGUCUUCCAUGCUAGGGGAGAGGACUUCAAAGCGAUUGUGUAUUUCUAAACAAUCAGAGCGAACCCUGGGCCUCCUACUUCUUUGAGUCACGUUUCUCCAUAUAUCUGGCACCUGUGUUGGUGAACUAGCCUCCUUCUCAGGGGUGUCCCCUGUCUCCUCCUUGGUGGAGACUGUGUUCUCUGUUGCUUCCAAGAAGAGCUCCAGCUCUCUAAUUCUUUGGAGCGUAGCUACACAUUCCUCUAGUUGAUGGACUUUGUCUUUUAAGAGGGCAAUCAACAUACAAUUGCUGCAGGUAAAGCUGCCUGCAACCUUUGGCAAGAUGGCAAACAUUGCGCAGGAACCGCAGGCGACUGCAGCUGUUCCCUCACCCUCCAUCUUGAAAAUGUGUCGUUGGGGGUGGCUACAGUGGUCCUCCAUCUUAAAAAGCGUGAAGACAGGACAAAUAACCCCCCUAAAAAAACCUAGGUCUCCCCCAACAAACGUUUGAGACUAGCUCCCCUAAAUCUAAAAGAUGGAUCAAACUCUGCGCGCCAUUAGGUGCGUGCCGCUGCCUUGCUAGCUCUGAUAAGCUCCUCCCACAGCUAAUCACCUGACCCAACAGAAACCCUGCCCCCUCUGACCUUUGCACAGGGAGAGCAGCUAAUCAGCCACAAGAAACUCACACAAGAAAACCCUUUUUGUUCCUUCUUCAGCUGCUGCCCUGCAAGCUCUGAUAAGCUCCUCCCACAGCUAAUCACCUGACUCAACAGAAACCCUGCCCCCUCUGACCUUUGCACAGGGAGAGCAGCAUGAAAGGUUCCAGGUCAUUAGCAGUGCCAGGAAAAUGGAAUGUUUAUUUAUUUCUUUUCAAUAUCUAAAAGUCACACUUUCCUAUGUAGAUGACUCACAACUGAUUUUUCUUAUGAAAUUGAAAGAGGGGGAUAAACCCUUCUGGCUGGGCUCUGGAAGCUCCUGCGAGAUCUUGGGGGAGCCUCCUAGGUUCCAGUCAGCAAGGUAAAGGGCUUGAAAGCUCUUGCCAUGAAGGGUUUGGCCACCAGGCAAAUUGCUUUUAAGACCUUACUGGGCUCUGAGAGGCUCCUGCGAGAUCUUAUGGGGCCAUCUUGAGAUCUCUGAUGGCAGGGGUGAUUCUGGGGGUCGUUCUGACUUUGCUCUAUUUGCCCUUAUGCACAAUCCCCAGGAAUGUAACCCUCCCUUGAGUUGUGAGUUGUCUGUAAAAAGUUCUACUUGACCUCUUCCCAUCUCUCAGCCAGGCCUUAGGUGUUUUCACGCAUCUCACCCAUUUCCCAAGUAGCCUCACCUACAGCUUUUCAGGCAUCUCCUCUGUUCCUUUGGCCCUGAGAUUAAUGUAAGGGGGGGACAGGAGAGAGGAGGGCUGUCCAGGAGCCAGUCAGGAGCAGAGGGGACUGGGGUUGAGGCCUCCCAUCAUGGAACGAGGAUGUCUGGAUCUUGUUGUUCAGGUGGAGAUCUUCUGGGGGUCCUGCUCCUCCUCCCAAGAUUUUUGCAGGCCUGAACUUUGACAUCACCUUAUGCAGGGUUAGCCAGUAUGGAGAGUUUCAGAUAGUUUUAACUGCAACUCCCAUUAUCUCCAGCUGGCAUGGCCAGUGGUUAGGGAGGAUGGGACUUGUAGUCCACAACACCUGGCUACAAUCUCAUGAGCUCAUAUUGUUGAUGUCUGAAUGAUGGUGUGAUGCUAAAUCUCUGUUCCCCUUUCUCUCCUAGACACUGUGGUAUAUGGACUUCAGCUGCAAAAAGGUACUUUUAAUCAUCAUAAUAAUUUAUUAUUCAUACCCCACUCAUCUGGCUGAGUUUCUUCAGCCAUUUCUGAAUCAAAAAGAGGCACAAAUUCGGGAGAGAUGGUAUCCGCUUCUCAAAAGACCAGGCCAUUGCAGCUCUUCCUUCCAUGCCUUAUUUCCCCUUAUUUCCAGGACGCAUAUGAUCAGUGAGAGCAGCAUGCUGGGCUAGAUGGGCUCUUGGCCUGAUCCUGCGGACUCCUAGGAAGCCCCCAGCCCAGGAUGCCUGGCCUUUCUGUGCCCAAUCUCACUAAGACACAGGGGUGGUGUGAAGCCAAAGGCUCCCGGCACAUGAGGGGAAAAUAUCCCUUUGAUCCAUACCAGAUCCACACCCCUUUUAGGAGAGUUUAUGUAAGAGUAAGGUUUACUCAUAUGUGGGAAAUGCAUGUACAGAAAUAGCUCAGAAAAUGACCUUUGGGCGCGAGAAGGUAAAUGGGUUCUGGUGUCAGUGGAGGGAGAUGGGGGCUGCCUGAGUGUGAACUCCAGGGGUCCAGCAUCCCUGCAAGAUGGGGGGUCUUCCCUCAGCUUUUGUAUUGGAGGGGAGACAUGACUUCUCUGCUGCAACAUGAUGACGAACUAGAGAAACUUGAGUAAACUUAAAAGAGCAGGGCAGAAUUGCACCACAGACCAUAGCUGUCAACGUUUCCGUUUUUUUAAGGGAAAUUCCCUUAUUCCGAAUAGGAUUCCUUGCAAGAAAAGGGGAAAGUUGACAGCUAUGCCAUAGACUGUGGAAAAAGGCUUAGUGGGAAGACAGAAGUCCAGUCUGGCCUGAUCCUGGACACUACAAAAAGGGAAUCAUCAGAGCUGGAAAAGGUGUAGCAGAUGGCAGCAUAAAGGAAACUCUUGCUUAUCUUUAAAAUUAUAUAAUUAUAUUCUGGGAUUCUUUUAGACAACAGCAAUGAGUAAAAUGCAUAAAGGCUAAUCAACACAAUAAAAAACUAGAAAACCCCAUUACAUUAAAAAAAAAAAGACUAAUAGCAGCAGUGGCAACAUCCCACAUCACACUUAAUCUCCAAAGGCCACUGUGUAAAUGUGUGUCUUUAAAAAGAAAUUGCUUGACUAACAUUCCAUACCGGGGGUGGGGGGCGACUGCAGAGCAGAUCUUCUUCCUAAUCUCCCCCAGCCUGACCACUUUCUCAUUGUGCUUUCACUGCCCACCUUUUCCAUAAAUGUGAGGGGGGGAAAGACAAGUCAUAUAGCCAAUCAAGACUAGGGAGCCAUUGAAGGUGACAGUUGGGAAUGGCACUUCCUAGGUGUUGCAGAAUCAUAGCAUAGCAGAAUCAUAGCACUGUAGAGUUGGAAGGGUCCCUGGGGGUCAUCUAGUCCACCCCCCUGCAAUGCAGGAAUAUGCAGCUGGUCCAUACAGGCAUUGAACCUGCAACCUUGGUGUUAUCAGCACCAUGGUCUAACCAACUGAGCUAUCCAGGGAUAGCCCACGGAGCCUCCUCAGUGCAGCGGGGUGCCUUCAUCCCGCUGCCCUGCGGAGGCUUUGCGCAGCUAAGCCAGAAGCUAGAACAGCGAGAGGGAGCGCUGCGCAGCCUGCAUUCGCUCCAUAAGAUGCACACACAUUUCCCCUUACUUUUUAGGAGGAAAAAUGCGUCUUAUAGAGCGAAAAAUACGGUACUUCGAACUCUUGCAGAUGUUUCAAGAAUCCUUAUUAAGAACUUGAUGGACAUCCCUCUCUUGAAUGCAGACCCCUGGAGUCCCUGUUCAUUUCAGAGGGGAUGCUAUUUCUGUCAUGUGCCUAAAAAAGAGUCAGCUUCCCAGUUGACGUCGUUUCUCUUCUCUUUCCUCCUCUGCCCCCACAGAAAAUGUAACAUUGGAUCCAGACACAGCACAUCCCCGCCUCAUCCUGUCUGAUGAUCGCAAGAGUGUGAGUUGGGGAGGAGUGUGUCAAGACCUGCCAAAAGACCCUGGGAGAUUUGACACAUGGCCCUAUGUGAUGGGAUGUGAGGGUUUCACAGCAGGCAGACAUUUCUGGGAGAUUUCUGUGGGGAGCGAGUGGGAAUGGGCCGUGGGGGUGGCCAGAGAGUCUGUGAAGAGGAAAGGCAAGUUCAUCGCUGGUCCUAAGGAAAGGAUCUGGCGCAUAGGGAAGUGGAGUGAUCAAUACACGGUCUCCACCCGCAAUGGGCGUCCUGUUUUGAUUCUGGGUGGGGAGCCCAAGAGGAUCCGAGUGACCCUGAACUGUGAAGGGGGACGGGUGUCCCUUUAUGAUGCUGAUACAGCAGCCCUUCUCUACUCAUUCUCAGUAGCCUCCUUCUCUGGAGAGACCCUCCAGCCCUUCUUUUAC